ACUAGGAAUAAGUUGUUAAAUUCUAACAACUGUAAUUUAUCAACAAGGCUGAAAGUUUUGCUCGAGGUGUCAGUAGGCAAAAAAGACCAGAAAAUUAAGACCCAUUCUGUGUGUGUUUCAUGAAAUGAAUCCUAGUAAGUGUAGCUACAUGGGUUAUAUUUAUGCACUGAAGGGAGAUGAAAUGGUUAACAGAGGAGUAUUCAUAAUCUCUCUGCAUUUGUGCUCCUCCUCUCUCUCUCAUACACUCAGAGAACCAGGAAGUAACUCCUCAUUUCAGAGAAAACAAAACUGAUCUCUGUGUGUGUGUGUGUGUGUGUGUGUGAGUGCAGGAAAAUGGCAGAAGCCAGUAUUUCAGCAGAUCAAUUUUCAGUGGACCAGUUCAGCUGUCCAGUCUGUCUGGAUCUCCUGAAGGAUCCGGUGGCUAUCCCCUGUGGUCACAGUUUCUGUAAGUUGUGUAUUAAUGGCUGCUGGGAUCAGGAGGAUCAGAAGGGCGUCUACAGCUGUCCUCAGUGCAGACACACUUUCACUCCGAGGCCUGUUCUACGCAGAAACAACAUGCUGGCUGAAGUGGUGGAGAAACUGAAGAAGACUGAACUUCAAGCUGCUUCUCCUGCUCACUGUUACGCUGGACCUGGAGACGUGGAGUGUGAUUUCUGCACAGGGAGAAAAUACAAAGCCGUCAAGUCCUGUCUGAUGUGUCUGGCUUCUCUUUGUGAAAUUCAUCUGAAACCUCACCUAGAACUUCCUGCUUUGAAAAAACACACAUUAAUUGAAGCCUCAGCAAAACUACAAGAGAAGAUCUGCUCUCAACAUAACAAGCUGAUUGAGAUCUACUGUCGUACUGAUCAAACCUGCAUCUGUUAUUUGUGUACGAUGGAUAAUCACAAAGGACACGACACCGUCACAGCCACAGCAGAAAGAGCUGAGAAACAGAGUGAGUUAAAGCAGGAGCAGAUGAAAUCCCAGCAGAGAAUCCAGGAGAAGCAGAAGAAGGUGCAGGAGCUGAAACAGGCUGUGAACACUAUAAAGCUCAGUGCACAGACAGCAGUGGAGGACAGUGAGAGGAUCUUUACUGAGCUGAUCAGCUCCAUGGAGAAAAAGCGCUCGGAGGUGACGGAGCUGAUCAGAGCUCAGGAGAAGACUGAACUGAGUCGAGCUGAACGACUCCUGGAGCAAGUGGAGCAGGAGAUUGCUGAUCUUCAGAGGAGAGUCACUGAGCUGGAGCAGCUUUCACACACACACGAUCACAUCCAUUUCCUCCAGGCUUUAGCUUCUGGACGUCGGUCUCCCUCACUUAAAAGACCAGAUUUUCACACAUCCAGCAUCACUGUCCAUCAACAUCUCUCAUUUGAUGGAGUGAGGAAUUCUCUCUCAGAUCUGAAGAAGAGACUCGAGGAAUUCUGUGAAGAGGAAAUUAACAAAAUCCCUCCACAUGCUGCAGCAGUUCAGAUCAUUUCAAUACCAGAGCCACAGAGCAGAGAAGAUUUUCUGAAAUAUUUCUGUUAUCUGACUCUGGAUCCCAACACAGUACAUCGUAAACUCAUUCUGUCUGAGAAGAACAGAGCGGUGAGAUACAGUGAGAGAGAGCAGCAGUACUCUGAUCAUCCAGAGAGAUUUGCCUCCUACUGUCAGGUGUUGUGUAAGGAGAGUGUGUGUGGACGCUGUUACUGGGAGGUGGACUGGAGCAGUGAUGGUGGUGUGUUCAUUUCAGUCUCAUAUAAAGACAUCAGCAGAAAAGGACGGGGUAAUGAGUGUGUGUUUGGAUACAACAAUCAGUCCUGGAGUCUGCGGUGUUCUUCUUCUUCUUCUCUCUGUUUCUGUCACAACAACAUUGAGACUGAUCUCAGAGUUCCAUCAUCCUCCAGAAUAGGAGUGUAUGUGGAUCACAGUGCAGGAACUCUGUCCUACUACAGCGUCUCUGACACGAUGAAGCUCCUCCACAGAGUCCACACCACAUUCACUCAGCCUCUGUACGCUGGAUUUGGGUUCUACUCAUUUUCUGCUGUGAAAUUGUGUGAUCCAAAAUAAAGUGUGUAGUGUUUUAUGUAAAAUUUCUGCACAUUGUCACAUUGUUGCUCAGUCAUCUGUCUCACUAGCACACAAUCCAUCUGCACAAAAACACAGUCACUCCUGUGUGUUUAUUGGGACUGAUGAUUUCAAUGGUGUCUUUUACCAUUGUGGUUCUUAUUUAUGUAUGUAACCUUGGGUACAUUUGGAUUACUAAAGAUAUUACUGAUUAACAUUAUAUUUGAUUAAUAUCCAUGUACAUGUUUUAAUAGGACACAUACAAGGUUUGCGUUUGUAUGUAACUGCACUUUAAGAGCGAGAACCUUUUAUAUUGUUUGUAUGCAAAUAUGGUUAAGAAAGCAAUCCCUAUCUGAUUGGCUGUAAAAGUUAUAGUCCCGCCUCCCUACUGGAAGAAGGAUUCUUAUUGGAUGGUUGAUUUAUCAUUCAGGGGGAGAACAGGUGAAGCAGCAGACUCUUUAGCAAAGUUGUUAUUUUGUUUGUAUGCUGGGAGUUUUCAGCAGUGUGACGACCCAUGCGUUAUGUGCGUCCUCCGUGGGUUGAAUUGUGCAAUGGCUCCGCCUUCCAACUGAUUGUUCCUGGAUGGGAUCAUUGAGGACACCUGCUGUUGGUUUCCUGCCCUACCUUUUAAAAAGCAGUAUGGCAAUUGGCCAGGAGCGAGCUGCACUAUGGACUUGGUUUCAUUUGGGUUUCGUUUAAUCUUGUUUACUUUAUACAUCCAACACUGCUAUGGUCCAUUACACUUUCAUGCAUACACCUAACUUUACACUACUGAUUCCUGACUAGUUCAUGUUACGUUGUUUCUUUUUUGUAUAGUUUUCUUCUGUUAAUAAAUUUUGUACAUUAUUUGCACUUUCUUGUGUGUCCCCGUUUUUGUUACGUCCUUCUUGAGCCAUGGGGGCGUAACAAGUGGGGGCUCGUCCUCUUCAGAAUUUGUUCGAUAGUGUAAGAAUGAUUGAAAUAUUUGAAAAAUUCAUUCGUUUCGUUGUGUUUCGUUUUGGAUUUCAUUCAUUCGUUUGAACACAGUUCGUUUGUUCGUGACGUUUUGAGGGAAAUCCUGUUUGAAUAGUUUGACGUCACGUUGCAAUUUAGUCAUGUGUUGGGGGACACCUGAAAGUGAUUAGUGCAGUUGGUUGCCGUGUGAAGUCGCAGAUGGGUAAGUAACUCUUGUGCAAAUUUUUUGUUUUACUUGGAGUUUUUCCCGGUUAGAUUUAGCGACUUGGUUCCUUUGAGACAUGUCGUUUUGUUGUUUUUGUAGUGUUGUGGUGAAAGCGGGUAGUAGCGGUUGUCUCGGGAGCACUUCCAUGGUGUUGUGAAUUGGUGCUGGUUUAAUCGGUUGCAGUUUCACCCAUUGGGUUCAUGCGCUUAAUUUCCCCCCGCCGGUAACUGCAUGAAGAUCAGGUUCUACUAAGUUAGAUAGACUGUUUGUUUGAAAAAGGUAGAUAGGGGGAAAAUUCCAAGUGUUUGUUUGCACAAUUAGUUGCUUGUGGUCUGUGAAGUGUUUAUGACUGAUGUUGAAAAAUUUGUUAAAUCGCCUUCACAUGUAUUGUUGAAUAAAUGCA